GCUCCAGCUGCUCGCUCUAUCAUGCGCUCGCCGAAACGCCAAUUCCAGCGCAAAGCUACGUAAUUAUUGACGGCAUUUUUUUUCCAUUUCAAGUGUCAUCGCAAAGGUGCGCUACAUUAUUUUCUUCUUUCAAGCGUGGAGCAAAUCCAGAUAGAUUCUAUAUGCGGUGGAGGUUGGAGGAAGAGGCUCUGUACACGGUUUUGAGGUGCUGAUGCGGCCCUGAGAAGAAACGAUGGCGACGGGGAGGUGGCUGCUCUAUGCCGGGCUGUGUCUCUCACUGGUCGCCUUGUUUAUGCUGACGGUAGCUGUCAGUUCCAACCACUGGUACGAAACCGAUGCCAGGAGAUACAAGGAGCGCUGUCGAACUUUCUCAAGUCGCAUGAAUGACCGGGGAUUCAUUUACAUCCCGAACCACAGCCUCCCAUUGCGCGCCAGCCGAGCCAGGCUUGACCGUCUUGAAGACAGACCAACCCUAGUUCGAAAUCGGCGCCAGGUAUUUGCUAUGAGCGCGGCAGAUGAAUGCGGCCGACGGUACAAUUCCACCAACAUGGGUUUAUGGAGCAAAUGUUACCGCCUUGGAUUUGACCAGGACAUCGAGGAUCUCAUUAAGAAAGGAUCCAUCCAGAGAUGCUCCUUCAUCAGGUAUUACUACUCCUCCUCCACCUCCUCCCGGAAGGACUUGUCCUACAACAUCACCAAAAUAAUACAGCAAGAUGACUGGCAUGCCUUGCACUUGCGGCGCAUGACAGCUGGCUUCAUGGGCAUGGCUCUAUCCAUCAUCCUGUUCGGGUGGACCAUCGGAGUCCUGGGCUGCUGCUGGGACCAGGGCCUCAUGCAUUACGUAGCCGGCCUGCUCUUCCUCAUGGGAGGCACCUUCUGCAUCAUCUCCCUGUGCACCUGUGUGGCCGGCAUCAACUUCGAGCUGUCGCGCUACCCCCGCUACCUGUUCAGCCUCCCGGACGACAUUGGCCACGGCUACGGCUGGUCCAUGUUCUGCGCCUGGGGGGGUUUGGGCCUCACCCUCAUCGCUGGCUUCUUCUGCACCCUGGCACCCUCCAUCCAGCCCCCACCACCCCCGCGCACCCACUACCCCAAGACCCGGCCCGAGAAUGGGACGCUGUGCUGAGGAGUGACCCACGCCACGCCAAGCCAGGCCAAACCAGGCCAAGCGGAGAGGAGCGGGGACCAGGGGAGGGGGAUUUUUAUUGUGUUGCAAAUUAUUGUUGGAGUAUUGAGGGUUGACGGAGGUGAUCGUUCUGGAGUCUGGACCUUAUGCAAGACUACAGCUGGACAAAAGCUCUUGAUGAGCAAGAGUGAACACUUUGAACGAAAUGGGGUCAGACUUGAUUUAAUUCAUCCUUGUGUUAUGUUCGGAUUGAUGGUGGUGGGAAUGUUCUGUGCACAAAAGUGGAUUUCACCUGAACUACCCCUAGAGGGAGCUGCAGCCCAGGUUUGAGAGCUCGAGAGCAAGCAAGAGCAAGCGAAAGAAGAACUGCUCCACAUCUAAAAUAGUCUGAACUUCAGAUUUGAUCUUUGCACGUACACAGUGGAAGUACUGUACUAUAAGUGUUUUCUCUUUCAGUGUGUCGUACCUCCUGUUUGCCUUCAUGUGUGUGACCGAAAAACAAAAAAACAAAAAAGGAAAAAAGAAAAACUGGAGAAUUUACAACUGUCUCAAGUCUGCCAGAAGUUAAAUGUAUAACUUGACAAAAAGAUGUGGAGACUGGGAAAUCAGUCAUAAUCGAGCAUUUCUCAUCCAGUCGUUAUAACACGAACACACAUGCAUUCCAUCAUUAGGUAAUAAAAAUUUCUUAUAGAAAAAAAAAUACCAUUUGGAUUUGGUGCAAUUU